AUGGCAAUAGAAGAAGAAAGAUUCCGCUAUAUCCGAAAUAAUAAAAAAAAACUCAGAGUUGAUCUUUCUGCUGGAUUAAUGGAUGUUGUUCUUAGAGGUGAUUUUGAUUGUUCAAUGGUAGAAAAAACUAUUAUAGUACCUUCAUCACACGCUGGGGGACCCCGAUAUAGGGCACAAAAUUAUCAAGAUGCCAUGGCAAUUUGUAGGUGGGCUGGAUAUCUGGAUUUUUUCCUUACUUUCACUUGCAACCCAAAGUGGCCAGAAAUAAAUGAAAUGCUCCGCUUAAGUAACCAAGAGGGCGAUGAUAGUCGAGUUGACAUCAUAUGCAGAGUUUUUCAAAUAAAAUUGUUCCAGCUAAUGCAAGAUUUGAAAAAGCAACAACCCUUUGGGAAAAUAAUCGCCUGUCUAUAUACAAUUGAAUUUCAGAAAAGAGGACUGCCUCACGCACAUAUACUGCUCUUCCUGCAUCCCAUAUUAAAGAGUCCCUCCAUAGACCAUAUUGAUAAAUUAAUAGCAGCAGAAAUACCUGAUCUGGAGAUUGAUCCUGAUGGUUAUAAUGCCGUCAAGAACUUCAUGAUGCACAGACCCUGUGGAGAACUCAAUCGCCAUUGCCCAUGUAUGAAGCAAGGAAAGUGUACCAAGCAUUUUCCAAAAAAAUUCAACGAUCGAACAACUUUUGAUGCAGAUGGAUUUCCAAUUUAUAAGAGAAGGAACACAGAUACUCAGGUCAAUAGAAAUGGUGUCUUAUUAGACAACAGAUAUGUCGUACCUUACAAUAGGAAUUUGAUCGUCAAAUUUGAUGCACAUAUAAAUGUUGAGCUAUGCAAUUACUCAAGGUCGGUGAAGUACCUGUUCAAAUAUGUCAAUAAAGGAUCCGAUAGAGCAACGACAACUGUAGAAUGUACAGAUACCGAUGUAGAAAUUAAUGAGAUUAAAAGAUAUCUAGACUGCAGAUACAUAUCAGCUACAGAAGCUUGCUGGAGGAUCUUUAAAUUUGGCAUACAUCAUAGAGAGCCAGCAGUUGAGCGAUUGCCAUUUCAUUUAGAGGGACAAAAUUCAAAAAUAUUCGAAGAAGAAAGGCGAGUAGAAAGUGUUCUUAGUACACCAGACAUUGAAGUAACAAAAUUCACGGAAUGGUUUGAGGCAAACAAAAAAUACACUGAGGCACGAGAGCUCACAUAUUCUGAUUUUCCUACACAUUUUGUCUGGAAUUCAAGAGACAAAACUUGGACCAAAAGGAGAAAUGGCAAUGUAGUUGGUAGAAUUUACUUUGCACAUCCUACAAGUGGAGAACGUUUUUACAUGAGAAUGCUGCUUAAUUUUGUCAAAGGAUGCACUUCAUUUGAAAGCAUUAGAAGAAUAAAUGGAGUAACGCAUGACAAUUAUAAAGAUUCAUGCUACACUUUAGGAUUACUAAAAGAUGAUAAAGAGUGGAAUGAUUGCUUGGCUGAGGCUGCACUUUGGGCAAUAGAAAACGAGUUGAGAAAUCUCUUUGUGAUGAUAUUUAUUCACUGUCAGGAGCUAGAGUAUGACAAAGAUGCUCUAAAGAUAGUGCAUGACCAAUCAUUCGCUCCGUUAAAUGCUUGCCAAAAGUCAGCGUAUGAAGCAAUAAUAAAUUCAGUUGAGAAGGAAGAAGGCCGUUCAUUUUUUAUAAGUGGACAUGGUGGUACUAGGAAGACAUUUCUAUGGAAUACAAUAAUAGCCAAGAUAAGAUCAUACUCAAGAAUAUUUCUCCCUGUUGCUUCUGGAAUAGCUGCUUUGUUAUUACCAAAUGGUAGGAUAGCUCAUUCACGGUUUCAUAUUCCUUUGGAUGUUAGCUCAGAGUCAACUUGUGAAAUAAAACAAGGCAGUCAAUUAGCUGAACUUCUCUUGAAAACUUCCUUGAUCAUUUGGGAUGAAGCGCCAAUGGAAAAUAAAUUUUGUUUUGAAGCCUUAGACAAAACCUUGAGAGAUAUCCUCCGAGUGAGGUAUGAAAAUAGUUCUGACAAACCAUUUGGAGGCCUUACAAUUGUAUUUGGUGGUGAUUUCCGUCAAAUACUACCAGUAAUUCCAAAGGGUACACGAGCUGAUAUUGUUGAUGCGUCACUAAACUCCUCUUACUUGUGGCCAUUUUUCACAAUUUAUGAGUUGAAGCAAAAUAUGCGUCUCUAUAGUGGAAGAGUAAGUGAUUCUGAGGCUGCUAAAAUAUCGACUUUCGACAAAUGGUUGCUACAAAUUGGAGAUGGCUCAUUUUACGAUGAUAUUAAUAAGGAGCUUAUUAAAUUACCUCCUUAUGUAUGUAUCAAACCAUCCAACGAUCCAAUCGGAUCAAUUGUCGAGGCAGUUUACCCAUCCCUAUUACAGAAGUACAAUGACCCAACAUAUUUGUAA